AAAGUGAUCUACAAAAAAUUAUCGCUAUUGUGUGGAGGCCAGCAUGACUGUUUGUUAUUGUUUUGGAAGACUAGUAAUUUAAAUAUGGUGGAUUUUUGAAGCGUGAUUUUAUUUUCUAAAAUAACUAUAGCCAAAUUAAAUGGACUAUUUAUGUGGCGUUGUUGAAGGUUUUUAUGGAACACCAUGGAGAUGUUCAGAAAGAAAAGAACUGUUUGUCAGGUUGCAGUUGUUAGGCUUAAAUACAUACAUGUACGCUCCCAAAGAUGAUGCCAAACAUAGAAGGUUGUGGCGAGAAAAGUACACUAAAGCUGAAAUAGACACACUUAAAGAAUUGAUUGCUGCUGCUCAAUUAAAUCACAUAGAUUUUGUUUAUUCAAUAUCACCUGGAUUGGAUAUCAUAUUUUCCAGUCCAGAAGAUGUGAAACUAUUGCACGAAAAGCUAAAACAGGUGUAUGGUAUUGGUUGUCAUUCAUUUGCUAUCCUCUUUGAUGAUAUUGAUCCUGAGUUGUGUCUCACUGAUAAGUUAGAAUUCGCUUCAUCUGGUGAUGCACAAGUUUACAUUACAAACAAGUUGUACGAAUGGUUUGACAACCUGAAAACUGUUUUAUUUUGUCCAACAGAAUAUUGUACAACUCGAGCUAAACCAAGUAUCGAAUUGUCAAAAUACCUUGAAACAUUGGGUUCUAAAAUGCACUCAGGUGUGCAUAUAUUAUGGACAGGUCCCAAAGUUAUUUCAGAAACAAUAUCCAGCAAGUCACUGGAUGAACUUAUGAAUGUAUUAAAACGAAAACCAGUCAUUUGGGACAAUAUACAUGCAAAUGAUUAUGACCACAGACGCGUAUUUCUUGGUCCAUAUAAAGGUCGACAAAUGGAAAUCUAUAACAAAACUUCAGGAAUAUUAACCAAUCCGAACUGUGAAUAUGAGUGUAAUUAUGUAGCCAUCCAUUCUUUAGGUAGUUGGCUCAAAAAUGCCAAAGAGUUGCGUUCGUUGAAUAAGGACUUACUAGAAUUAAAAGAAGGCAAUUUUGCGAAAUCAGAGGAAAAUAUAUUGGAGUAUGACUCAAAGAAGGCAAUGUUUGAUGCAGUGUUGAGUUGGAUGGACAUGUUUAAACUCUCAAAAGAUUCUUUUCAAGGAUCACCAUAUGACAAUAACAAACUUACGUUUAAUGCUAAUAUGAACUCUUUAAUUAAUGAAAUAAAAAAAGACGAACAAAUUGAAAGGAUAGAAGAUGAUGCACGCACAAAAUCAGAUGUUACAGUUGUGAACGGAUGUGAUACCGAAUCAGGGGAAAUUUCCUCACCACAUAAAAAGGCAAAGUCUUCCAUAAUCACAGUUGAUGACGUUUCAUUGUUAUGUGAUCUUUUUCAUCUACCCUACGAACAUGGCGAGAAGGGGCAGAAAAUUAUCACGGAGUUUAAAUGGUUGAAAGAAAAUGCGAUUGAUUACAAAAACCCACCGCCUCAAAAUGUGAUUGAUAUGUGGACAAAACAAUGUGCUGAAUUUCAAGAUUUAUGUAACAACGUUGAGAUUUUGUUCGAUCGUAUGCAAGAUAUCUCCAACAAAAGAUUACUGCAACAGCUGUAUCCAUACAUUUAUGACGUAAAAGAGGUCGUACAUUUGCUGUCAUCAUUCGCCAAAUGGCUUGGGUCAGAGAAACGUCAGAAAGGGGAAAGUUUUAUUUCAAAAGACCCAGAAGCUUGGAUGUUUAGAGGAGGCAUUGCAGCAGAAAUGGAGAGUUUGCUUCCUUCGAAGGAGAAUGUGAGUGACAACAGUGGUAAAAAUCUAAAAGUGCAAACAAUUCGCCCGUAUCUUCCACAAGACAAGCAAUGCCUUUACAAGUUCUGUCGAGAGUUAUUGGAAAACCCAGAUGAAUUUAAAGACUCCCCUGAUCUGCCUGGAGAUAGUUUGUUGGGUGCUUAUUUGGAAUUUUCACCCUCUUAUGUGUUUGUGGUGGAGAAGAAUGAUGAUAUUUGCGGAUUCGUCGCCGCUCAUAGCAACGCCAAGAUUUUUCACGAACAAAUCAAAGAAAAGUUUAUACCUUUAAUGCAAUCAAAGUAUAAACAGCCAGCCAGCACAGCUCAUUGUUUAACAUCUGCGGAGGAGCUUAUUAAUAGAUUUUAUCAUCACGAGAUGAAUGUACCAGACGAAGUGUUGGAUACUUACGCAGCAGUUUUGACGACGAGAAUACAAGAAUCAACUGAAGUUUCGCUAACAGCCGAUCGCUUAUUGAAAUGCAUCUUCUCGCUCCUUAAAACCAACGUAUACUGUGAACUAACACCUGCGAUGAAAGAAAGUUAUAAAGAAUUUUUAAAGCAGGCUGGUUUCUUUGAAAUCUUACUAACCACACCGUGUGUUGGAGUAUACUAUGGUCACACAAUCUAAAUAAUAUGCUGAAGCAGUCAGCCUUAUAAUAAAUAUUGUACCAUAAAGAAUGAGUUUUUGUAAAAGUUUGUAUUUCAUGUAAGAUAUAACCCAGGGUUGUCAUCAAACCUGAAAAAUAGAAAAUAGCCUAACGAAAUACUCGCAGACGUUUAAAAUGUUUGUUUUUUUCCA